UAGUAGUGAAGCGCCGCGCGGGGAGGGGAGGGAGAGCUGACUGCGAUGGUUCAUGUCGUCGAGCGGCUGAUGAAGAGCGACUAACCCGACCGAAGACUGCCGGAGAGAGAGAGAGAUAUAAAGUUUCUGCAGAAUGGGUGAUCAACGGCAACGUUCGUUAUCCACCUCGGGAGAAUCGCUCUAUGUUGUUCUGGGACUUGACAAAAAUGCUUCUCCAGACGACAUUAAGAAGUCAUAUAGAAAACUUGCGUUGAAAUACCAUCCUGACAAGAAUCCAGAUAAUCCAGAAGCAUCUGAUAAAUUUAAGGAGAUAAACAACGCUCACGCAAUUCUGACUGAUGCCACAAAGCGGAAUAUUUAUGACAAGUAUGGAUCAUUGGGUCUCUACGUGGCAGAGCAGUUUGGCGAGGAGAACGUAAAUACGUACUUCGUCUUGUCCAGCUGGUGGGCAAAGGCAUUGUUUGUCUUCUGCGGAGUGAUCACUGGUUGCUACUUCUGCUGCUGCCUCUGCUGCUGCUGUAAUUGCUGCUGUGGCAAGUGUAAACCCAAGCCCCCUGAAGGGGAGGAGCAAGAAUAUUAUGUCUCGCCAGAGGAUCUGGAGGCACAGCUACAGUCAGACAUGGAGAAAGAAUCCAGGCUAUGAAAUUAUUGCCAAUUGAUGCAUGGGCAAUUUAGAGGGAGAUGGAGCAAUUGUGGUGCAGCCAACAUCAGCCACAGAAACAACCCAGCUGACCAGUGACAGUCACCCCAGCUACCACACUGAAUGAUUUAAUUUAACCAAGUUUGCUCUUGUAAUUAAAAAAAAUAUAUUUACAAUUCAUUUCAACACUGGGAUAGUUAAAGCUAUAGAUUGAACGUUCACAAGAUUUCAUGCCCCGUCGAACGCAGCCACCAACAUUGAGAAGACCACCUUCCCUUAUCAUGCCUUUUGCCACUGUAAUUUAACGCCACAACAAAGUACUGUAGCAGGCAGUAUUUAAAGCCAUUUGACACUUUUAUUUACAUAUUGUGAUGUGUGAAUGGAAUGACGUCAUGUAAUUGUUGAUUGAUAAUAGAAUCGGUGCACAUAAACUACCACUAGAAAUUCAGUGAUAGUCACGUUAACCUGUAGUUUUAUUGGCUUGUGUAGAAUGUUGCCAAUAAUCAGUUUGUUUAUAGUGCUUAUUUUUUUUUAUUUGAUGAGGGAAGCAAGUAAAAAGUGGUAAACUUUGCCUGUCAUUUUGUCGUGCAAUCACGAGAUGUAAUCGACUGGAAUCAGUGCGCUAUCCACAUGAAAGGAGUUCUCAGUUAUGGUGAAAUAUCAGAUGCAGCUCAGCAUUACCGCCCAUUGUUGGUCUCAUUCAAUGUGGUAUUUUGAGAUGGUUUCUCACUGCCAAUUUCUGACAUCCAUGUAAUAUUCAAAUGGAUAACCCUCCCCUCCACCCACCUGAAGGGUGGAUUUCUUCAAUAACUGUGUUGCCGGAGACUUGCAGAGAAGAAAA